AAUAUGCUCACAGGAGAUCGGAGAUUGGCUUCAUCACGGAAGCUCACUGUUUUGGGGAAAGUCCCAAAGCCUAUUAACUUACCCAGCCAAAGGUUGGAAAACCACGGGCUCGACCCAAAUGUUGAAAUUGUACCAAAGGGUACGCUCACAUGGGGAAGCCGACCAUCUUUGGCUGCGCCAAAUGCAUGGGGUACCUCUGGUACUUUGUCUACCCCUACUGAUGGAAGUGCUGGUUCACCAAGCCGCCGUCCAUCAUCUGGAGGAGGAACACGUCCUUCUACGUCUGGCAGUGAUAAAUCCCUUGAUCCGGUUUCUAAUGCAUGGGGCCCAAAUUCUCGUCCGUCAUCAGCAUCAGGGAUAUUAGCAUCAAGCCAGGUAUCGCCAGCAGCAACACGUCCUCGAAGUGCUGAGACAAGACCUGGUAGCUCUCAGCUAUCUCGCUUUGCAGAUAAUUCAGCUGAAAAUACAGCUGCAUGGGGUGCAGCAGGGUCUGCUGAGAGAUUGGGGACUGUAUUACCCAAAAGUAGUGGGUUCACUUUGAGCUCUGGAGAUUUCCCGUCACUUGGCUCUGAUAAGAACUCUGAUACACACUCUCAACGAGGUCACAGUUCUCAAGGUCGCCCUCUCAGUUCCCAAGGUCGCCCUCUCAGUUCCCAAGGUCGCCCUACCAGUUCUCAAGAGCGUCCUGCUUCAGCAUCUGAAGCAGAUCCAAAUCUGAGAGGAUUUUUGGAGCCUCAGCUAGAUGCAGGAAAUAAGAAUACAAAUCACUUGGACCAUGGAACUGUUAUUAAUACGUGGAAGGCAGAUAAUCCUGCUUAUGCAGGACACGGUGCCUCACCAAACAUGGAGAACUGGCACAGUGACUACCACCUGGCACCUCCAUAUCCAAGUACGAAUAUGCCACCUCCUCCAUUUGAUUCUUGGCAUAAUCCUUCAUUUCGCCCAUCUGAAGGAUCUUGGUAUAGAGGUGGAGCAGUUGGGGGUCCCUAUAGGCCACCUGGCAGUUACCCUAUGGAUUAUACUCAUGAUCCUGCAAGGCCAUUAUCUAAUCCCCAGUUUACAAGUCAGGAUGCUGGUCCUCGUGGAUUCUAUCCUAACAACUGUGGACCUUAUCGUCCAUACAUGCCACCAGAACGGUACAUGGGUCCAGGUUGCCCUGAUAUCCAAGUUAGACCUGGACCUUAUGUGGAACCAGUGCCCUUUGGUUCUCGCCCAAACUUUUACAAUCCUAAUGAGAGGGAAACUUCCAUAAUGGGAAUGGCUCGACCUGUUCAUAACCAAUAUCCAGUCCAACAUGGAAACCUUAAUAUGAGACCUGGUGGAUAUGCUACUGUGGGGAACAAAGAGCAGAUAAAAGGUAAUCAAGCUCAUGAAACUCAAGGGCAGUUCAGGGUUCUGUUAAAGCAGCACGAGGGUUCAGGAGACCGUGGCGAACAGGAAAGGGGAGGUCACUUUAUAACUGUUGGCUCUCCACAUCAUGGAAGUGCAAAUUAUUCUCGAAGUUCUAGUCAGAACGGAGAUGAUGAAACGAAGAGUCAAAUGCAGGAAACAGUAUCUCCCAGUUUUCCCGCAGAGACAGUAUCUUCUCAGACUAGUAGAGUCGUGGAUGGCCGAUCUAAAGAUGUUAGAGACAUGGUAGCCGAUUCAAGCAACACAACUGAUGGAAGGAGGACCGGAGCUGUAAACGUCCAGAGUUGUGGUCUGAAGCAAUAUCCCAUAAUUAAAAAGAAUGCAACUCUGAUGGAAAAAGUGGAGAGCCUAAAUAAUAAAGCUCGAAUUGCUGACGGUUAUUGUGAAAGUCAGUCAGUUUCAAGAGAGAAAUCAACAUCUUCCAAAAACUUAUCAAGAACCGAUCAGUUUACCAGCGUAGAUAGUACUAAUGCUGGCUUUGCCGAGGCUUCUGCUGUUACUCUUAACGUCAAAACUCCAAUUAUUAAAAUUGAAGAGUUGAAUGUGUUAACGGAAGAAAAAAACAAACAAUCAACUAAGGACAACAUAUGUCUUCCUGCUCCAUCAAACUCUGAGGGUGGUGGUGAAGAUCCUCUUAUUGUCGGUCAUAAAGAAGUUCAAGGCACUAGAAGAGUUGAUAGUCACACUAAAUUAAGAUCUAUCAGACAUAAUAAUGAACAAUGGAUGAAAAAGUCUCCUGGAAGUGAAUCCUCUGUGAAUUCCAGUAGGAUGAGUGCUAAAGGAGGAACACUUGAAUUUGAUGCUUCCCAUGAGAAGCAGGAGUUGUGCCUUGAAGCGGGUGGUGUGGAAGAAUCACAUGCAGUAUCUUCUUUGGAUCCAGUUGAUCACGAAGCUCAGCGUACUAGAAUGAAAGAGAUGGCAGCACAGCGUGCAAAACAGCUGCAAAGGGAAGAGGAAGAGAGGAAGGGGACAAGGGAACAAAAAGCAAAAGCUCUUGCAAAGCUGGAGGAAUUGAACAGGCGAACAUUAGCAGAAAGUUCUACCCUGAAGUCCAAUCAUGUUCCAUCAAAGAGUAGUGAUGUUCAGAAUGGUAACCAGGAGACUGGACCUGGUGAUAAAAUUUCUACUGAAGCUGUCUGUGGUACCUCAGAUUGCCAUUCUGAACAAAUGAAACGGGCAGUUGAUAGUGGUGGUAAGAAACCUGCUCAAUCGUUAAGCUCUUCUGUCCAAUCUUCUGUAGUGACAGAGGCCCAAUCUGUAUCCCUGGGACAAGAGAUCAAAACUACUGGAGAAAUUGCACCGGAAGCUACUUCAGAUAUUCUACAUAACACAGUUUCCAGGCAGAAGCAGCUGGGUUAUAGAAAAAAGAAUAAUAUUCUUCAUGAAAACAUCGCAGGUGGGAAGCAAACAACUUCCAGCAGUAUCGGGAACCCUAAAGAUACCAUCGAGGUUGAGGUGAAUACAUCAAGCAAGGAUUCUUUGCCUAACAACGAAGUUCCUCAUGUUCAACACAAGAAAAAUAACAGGAGUACGAGGAGCAGUAGUGAUGACAAUGAUGAGAGUAUGACAAGCUCUGCUGUUUCAGCUCCUUUCAAUGUGGGAGGGAACUUAGACAAACUCAAAGAUGAAAGUGGGAAGACCAAACCCUCAGCUGCACUGGCAGAAGCUAUAUCAGUGUCUUCUGAGAGAGAGAAUGAAACUGUAGGAACUCUGGAUUCCAAGGUAGUACCUAUAUCUGAGAGAAAUGAAGGAACUCAUGGUAAAGUGAGCAACCGCUGGAAGCCUCACCCUCAUAGAAAAAACCAACAGGCUAACAAGCCAAUUUCGAAGUAUCAUCAGACUGAGGGUGUCAUGUGGGCUCCUGUGAAGUCCACAAACAAGAUUGAGAUUGAUCAAGUCAGUCAGAACAAUGCACCAAAUGGACCAAAAACAAAGAGGGCAGAAAUAGAGCGGUAUGUUCCAAAGCCUGUCGCCAAAGAACUCUCACAGCCGGAUCAACAAACAACAGCUGCUUCUGAUAGCAGAAAUGGGGAAAAGGUCAAACAUAACAAGCAUGGACGAACAAAUUCCUCGUGGCGUCAACGGAGCUCAACUGGAUCUCCAUCAGUUGAAGGUUCCUCGUCUUCUGAUCAGCUGCAGACAUUAAAUAUUGAUAACUUACGGAAAGAGCAGUUGACACAUACUGAUGAUGGCUGGAACGAUAACGAGAAUCUGCUGCCAAGUGGAUCAGUGACCUCGACCGCAGCUUCAAAGAGCUAUGAAGCAAGCAGACAAAGGCGCCAUCCAUAUAAAGUGCACAGAGUAUCCGGAAAUAACUAUCCUACUUCAGAUAAUGUCGAUUCUCGAGCCUUAGGUGAUAAUGAAUCAGAAGGAAGAAGCAUCAUGAAAAUUGAUAGCCAGAAUGCUGGAAUUGAAAAUAUAAAGCCUCAUUGGCAGCCAAAAUCUCAUAGGGGUAACAGAGGACAAAGGGCAGAGAGUGCCCCAACAGCGAUGAAUGAAGAAGAUAGAACUUCGAGCAAAAGAACUCCUGUAUCUGAAGCAAGAGAAGCACCCCAUCAACAGUCUAGGAAAGAGAGAAAUGCAGUUCCUGAUCUAGCAAAGGAAGAGAUUAUUCCUGAAUUAACUCCCCAAAACAUUGAUUAUCAACGUGGACAGUACAGUGGCAGUUAUCAGGGGGGGCAUGACAGUAAGUAUAGAGGUCGGAAUUUGACUCAAGAUGGGAGCAAACACAAAUUUCAGGCAAAUGAAGAUGAGCAUAUCGAGUCUUAUGAUAAGCCCACGGGUUCAUCUCAGCAAAACCCUCGUGCUGGUAAAGUAGCGAGUGAGGGUUCUAGGGCUUCUGGACCCAGGUACAGGGAGAGAGGUCGCAAUUUCUCGCGUGGUGGUGGUGGUGGUCAAUUAUAGGGACUGAGACAACAGACGCAGUAUCAUUCACAUGGUAGUGUUACAUAUGCAAUUCACAUGACUGGUAUGUGACAUUAACAAUUAUGUCUGGAGCGAAACUCCUGCAAAUCUAAAGUGGACUUUUUGCUCUGCCCCCUAAAUGGUUUAUCAGCUGGAUUCUCUUUGAGAUGUGUGUUUGAAAAAGAUAGCCUCGCUCAGCACACGUCUCAGAUUAAAACCCAGCGGUAAAUUGGUGUCAAAAGUUUUCAGUCCACUUGAGAGUUUAUUAGAGCUUUUCGCACAAUGUUCUGUACGUGUAUUUUGUUCUACAUUUAUAUUGCUUUCUGAAGUAUCUGUUUCCAAACUGAGCCCAGGAGGAUCUAGAGACGGAUGGAUCCGUUUAAUUACGGCGAUGUUGCUGUUGGGAGUUUUUCAGGAUGGGUUGCUUUUGUUGUUCCACACCCAAGUUUAUGUAUUAACAGGAAACCGAGGUUCUUGAUUUAUUAUUUUUCCUGUGGGAUUUUGACUUAAAGAUUUCAAUUUUUAAUCCACACCAUGUAACCGCUUUGAACUCCUUUAAGUAUGCGCGGAGCUUUGUAUAGAGAGUAUUAAGCCCCCGAGUUGGGUUAUCUCUAAAAUCUAUGUUUUCGUGUCGUUGUUCUCACUAA